AUGUACAUCAAGCAGAUCAUCAUCCAGGGCUUCAAGUCGUACAAGGACCAGACCGUCAUCGAGCCCUUCUCGCCCAAGCACAAUGUCAUCGUCGGCCGCAAUGGCUCAGGCAAGAGCAACUUCUUCGCUGCCAUCCGCUUCGUGCUCAGCGACAAAUACACCCAGCUCAGUCGCGAAGAUCGCCAAGGCCUGCUGCAUGAAGGUGCGGGCUCGGCGGUGAUGAGCGCGUACGUGGAGAUCAUCUUCGACAACAGCGAUGACCGUUUCCCUACCAACACCCCGGAAGUCGUCCUCCGACGCACCAUUGGCCAGAAGAAGGACGAGUACAGCUUGAACCGCAAGAACACCACCAAGCAGGAAGUCAUGAACAUCCUAGAGAGCGCAGGCUUCAGUCGCAGCAACCCAUACUACAUCGUCCCGCAAGGCCGUGUCACAGCAAUCACAAAUAUGAAGGACCACGAGCGUCUGAACAUGCUCAAGACUGUCGCCGGUACCGAGGUCUACGAGAGCAGGAGGGCUGAGUCGCAGAAGAUUAUGGACGAGACGGGCCUGAAGCGUGCCAAGAUUGACGACCUGCUCGAUGGUAUUCGCACCCGUUUGGGCGAGCUUGAGGAAGAGAAGGAGGAGCUGCGCGCAUUCCAGGACAAGGAUCGCGAACGCCGGUGCUUGGAGUACACAAUUCAGCACAAAGAUCAGGAAGCCCUCGAAGAGCUGAUUGCCGAGAUCGACGACCGACGCGAUGGUGGGGUGGAGCAGAACGAGGAGAAUCGCGAUGCGCUGAAGCAGGCUGAGCAACAGCUGGACGACAUUGACGCUCAAAUUGCCAGUCUUGAGCAGCAAAUGCGUCUCCUCUCCCAAGAACAAGCACAAUAUAAAGAGGAGCGCGUUGAAGCUUCCAGGACGAAAGCACAGAUCGAAUCGAACCUGCAGGGUAUGCAGGACAAUCUUGCAGCCACUCAGCAGGCACAGAAAGAGAGAGCAAAUGAGCUGCAAAACGUGCAAAACGAGAUCAAGCAGCGCGAAAUGGAAAUGGCCCAGCUAAUACCGCAGUUCAAUGCCAAGCGCGAACAGGAACGAGAUCUGAAGCGCCAGAUCAACGAUUUAACGAGCACGAUGCAACGCCUCUACGCCAAGCAAGCACGUGUCAGUCAAUAUCGCACCAAGAAGGAGCGCGACGAUUUCCUGAAGAAGCAGAUUUCUGAGAUCAAUGAGUCUCUCGCAACUCGAAAGGCCAUCUCCAUGCAAGCGCAAGAGGAUAUCACCGAGCUGGAGUCGCAGAUCUCCCAGCUUGAGACAGAUAUCGCUGAGCUCCGUCAUCGCAUUGAAAAUCGUGGCGACGAGCAGCAGAACAUCUCAGCGGAAUUACAGGAAAUCAAGGAUGAGCACGAGCAAUUCGUCGACCAGCGAAAGGAACUCUGGCGUGAAGAGGCCAAGCUUGACUCAGUGAUUGCCAAUGCUCGACAGGAAUACGAUAAAGCCGAGCGGUUCCUCAGCCACAUGAUGGACCAGAACACUGCGCGUGGUCUCGCUUCCGUACGACGAAUAGUCCAACGAGAAGGUAUCGAAGGCGCGUAUGGACCGCUUGGCGAGCUGUUCCAAUGCAAAGACACAUACAAGACGGCUGUGGAAGUCACUGCAGGUGCAUCUCUGUUCCACUACGUCGUUGACACGGACGAAACGGCGGAGAAGAUUAUCAAGACCUUGCAACAGGAGAGAGGUGGACGAAUAACAUUCACACCGCUCAACAGAAUCAAAAUUAAGCCUAUCGAGGUCCCCAAGGCUAGCGACGCAUUGCCGUUGCUCAGUAAGCUAAGAUACGACCAACGCUUCGAGCAGGCUAUGCAGCAAGUUUUCGGGAAGACAAUCGUCUGUCCGAAUCUGCAGGUCGCAGCACAGUACGCUCGUAGCCAUGCCGUAAGUGCCAUCACCCCAGAUGGCGAUCGCUCGGACAAGAAAGGUGCUUUGACGGGAGGUUUCCACGAUACCCGAAGCUCUCGUAUGGAUGGCAUCAAAAGAUUCACCGAAGCCCGCGAGGAGCUUGAGCAAGUCACUAGCCGAAAGGAGGAAAUCCGUCACGAAUUGCAGAGAAUUGACCAAAAGGUUACCAAAGCCAAGAGCAAUCUUCAGAAAAUCGAGCAGAAGCGUGUCCAAAUAGAAGGAGGAUACGGUCCGCUCAGGGAGGAGCUGCGGCGAAAAGAGUAUGAGUUGCAACACCGACGUGAUGAGCUCGACCGCAAGAUCCAAGCCCGCGAGAAUGUCGACAGCCUUUUGAACGAUUUGAGCAACCAUCUCGAUGGCUACCAAUCCGAAUUGCAGAGUGACUUUAAGAAAGCCCUUAGCAAUCAGGAGGAACGCGAGUUGGAGACUGUCACAGCCCAGUUGCCAGAUCUGAAGAAGCAGUACAAUCAAAUACACGGCGAAACGGCCACAAUGGAGGCUCAGAAGAGAAAUCUUGAUGAUCUUCUUACCGUCAAUCUGAAGCCUCGCCUUAACGAAUUACAGAGUAUCGACCUAGAUGCCAGUGUCGCUGGAGACGGCAGCAGUAGCGCAAAGGUCAAGGACCUCAAGAGUGAUCUCAAGCGCAUCGAGAAGCGUCUGGCGAACAUUGAUGCCAAGCUCGCCGAGAUCGAGGAAUCUAUGGACAGCGCUGUGGAGCAGCGAGCAACUGCUGAAGCCGCACGAACAUCCAAGAAAGCGGAAGUGGAGAAGCUUGAAUCUGCAAUCCGCAACCAUGCGAGGAGCAUCGAGAAAGGCGCCCAAAAGCGACAAGGCUAUGCGACCCGUCUUGCGGACGUGCAGGCACAGAUUCGGAACUUGGGUGUGCUGCCCGAUGCAGCCUUCACCGCUCAAUACACGAAGAUGAGCAGUGAUACGGCGACGAAGAAGCUUCAUAGGGUGCAAGAGUCCCUCAAGAAAUACGGUCAUGUCAACAAGAAGGCAUUCGAGCAGUACACGCAAUUCGAGCGACAGCGGGAGCAUCUUGAGCAGCGCCGCAAGGAGCUUGACAGCAGUGACUCCAGCAUUCGUGAUCUGAUCGACGUCCUCGAUCAGCGCAAGGAUGAGGCGAUCCAGCGCACGUUCAAGCAGGUCAGCAAGGAGUUUGCUGACAUCUUCGAACGUCUUGUCCCCGCGGGCAAGGGCCGUCUGAUCAUUCAGCGUCGCAGCGACAUGCACGUAAACGGCAAUGGCGCUGCUGGCGAUGAGAGUGAAGACGAAGAGCGACGUUCUGGCGUCGAUAAUUAUAUCGGCAUCGGCAUUUCCGUCUCCUUCAACAGUAAGCACGAUGAGCAGCAGCGCAUCCAGCAAUUGUCUGGUGGACAGAAGUCUCUGUGCGCGUUGGCACUCGUAUUUGCCAUUCAAGCUUCGGAUCCAGCGCCCUUCUACCUGUUCGACGAGAUCGAUGCCAACCUGGACGCACAGUAUCGUACUGCCGUCGCCGAGCUUCUUAAGCAGAGCAGUCAGACAGGACAAUUCAUCUGCACGACGUUCAGACCAGAGAUGCUGCAUGUGGCCGAGAAGUGCUACGGUGUCAGCUAUCUUAGCAAGGCCAGUACCAUCGACGUUGUCAGUCGAGAUCAAGCUCUUAGUUUCGUGGAGGGCCAGAUUUCUGGCAAGUAAAAUGAGGAGGAAGAAGACGAUACCCAAUGAUCAUUGCUCUUUGAAGCCCAUAUGAAUGUCGAUGCAUACCAGUGCAUUCGAAGAAGAUCACGUUUGCUAGAUACCGAACGACCAUGUAGAAUAUCGAAUGGCAAGUUAUAUGAACCACAUCCGCAAUAUCUCCAUCCGAGGGCCUCAAGUGACGUCUCGGACGAAGGGAGGCACGGAGAGGUUCAGCAUUAAAUCGCAUCAAGAUCUGUGGACAUUCCAAGCACGCCAAUCAUUCUUGGCUCUCAAUGAGCAGAGGCUUGUACUUACGUCGUCGAAUCUUGAUCAAUGCUUGGUCUGAUUCUGCGCUCCGCUGAAGGUACUCUGACCGUGCAAAUUCUUGGUCAAUUUCGGAAGUUCAGUCGGGAUUGCCAUUGAGGCAAGGACGAUUGCUUUUGCGUUUCUGAGCCGUAGCUGUAUCGCCAUGCUCAAUAUGAAUGAACAUUCUCUUUCUAGUAAUAUGGCAACCUUGACCUUGGGUCUGGAUUCCAUUCCUCAUUUUCCAUGCUUACUCUCAGCUCUUCCACCAAUGGCAAAAUUUCCUGCAUGUACGCCUCCUCAUCCAUGAUCCUCUUGGCCGGCUGCGCUUCCAAGUUGAAGGCUUGGGCGACUCCAUCGUAACUCCACGUCCACCACGUCUCCUCAGGAUUCGCGGGAAUCUUAUCGUAUCUUUCCAAAUGAUCGAUCUUGAGCAUCAGUCCUAUCAAACGAUUAUACCAUGUCUUGAAACUGCCUUUUACCAACGCGACGUUGCGAACGAAUGUGAACUUCUUGACGUUGGUGAGGGAGCGGAGGAGAUUGACGAUUUCGGCUGUGAAGUCGAAGAGGUAAUGCCAGUUGCUCGACCUUCG